AUACAAUAAACAAUCUGUGCAAUAUGCAGGUCCUGAGAUUAUAAACAUGUGUGCACUGUUCCUGGCAUUUAUAGUAAGGACAGGAAGGAUUUAACAAAAGUAAAAGACUUUAGGAGCCUGCCUCCCUGUUCAUCCUCAGCCGUGGUGUUGACUCCGCCAGGGACGAGAGCAGCACGACAGCAGGGAUGGAUGGGUCCAGAAGUCCAGUGAAAUCAGUCAAACAGUCUCAGCCCCGAGGAGCCAAAGCGUCGCCCAACGAGAAGUCAAACAGAGAGGCUCUCGCUCAGAGAGAGGGCGCCAAGUCUGCCGGCAGCCGCGGCAAAGAAAACCCCACUGCCACCACCACCAGCGCCGCCGCCGCCGCCGCCGCAGCAGCGAGGGAUGAGCACAACGUAGGCGUCCAUGGAAGUCGCGGGCCAGGCAAGACUUCCGCAGACACCUCCGACAAGAGGAGAGGACGAUCCUCCCGGCUGACGAGACUAACCGGACGAACUAGUUCUGGUGAGAGAGGCAAAGGAAAAGUGGCAGGCCCACAACAACAACAACAUCUACAGCAGCUGGUGGCACACGCUCCAGACGCACGCUCCAGACUCGAGACUCUUUCGACGGACAGCAGCUCAUCGGCACACAGAGAGAUCAACUCUCCUGUGGUGCCGCGUACACCUGAGAGAGGCCUCGCAGAGCUGGACAGGAGCUUCACCGCUGCUGCUCUAGCAAAGGAAAAGUCUCAUGGGUUGAAAAUUGCAGCAUUGAUGCAUCAGUGUGUGGAGCGGAGGACAGAGGCGAGGCUCGUCCUGGAGGAAGGGCCGCUAUCAGAGCAGCAGCUGGGCCUCCGACAGGCAGAGGAGCGACUCUACAGAGACUACAUCCACCGACUGCUGAAACAGUCCCCCGAGUACCCCAACUAUCAAUACUUAUGCAAGCUCUGUUCUGUGCACAUUGAGAACAUUCAAGGAGCGCACAAACACAUCAAGGAGAAGAGACACAAGAAGAACAUAAUGGAAAAGCAGGAGGAGAACGAGCUGCGCGCCCUGCCGCCCCCCUCCCCAGCCCAGCUGCGGGCCGUGGACGCCUCCGUCCUGGAGACAGCCAGGGAGCACGGCAUCUCCGAGGAGGACUUUGAAAUCCGGAAGGCCAUGGUGAUCAGGAUGGAGGAGAUCAUAAAGAAGCACCUCUCAGCUUGCUCUCUCCGUCUCUACGGUUCCUGUCUCACCCGAUUUGCCUUCAAGACGAGUGAUAUAAACAUCGACGUCACCUACCCUUCCACAAUGACACAACCUGAGGUCUUAAUUCAAGUGCUGGAAAUCCUCAAGAACAGCCCUGAAUUUUCGGAGGUUGAGUCAGACUUUCACGCCAAAGUUCCUGCCGUUUUCUGUCGGGAUGUUAGCAAUGGCCUGAUGUGCAAGGUAAGCGCCGGCAACGACGUCGCCUGUCUCACCACCAAUCACCUGGCAACCCUGGCUAAACUGGAACCCAGACUGGUCCCCUUGGUGCUGGCUUUCCGCUACUGGGCGAGGCUGUGUCACAUCGACUGCCAGGCUGAAGGCGGCAUCCCCUCGUACUCCUUCGCCCUCAUGGUCAUCUUCUUCCUGCAGCAGAGGAAGCAGCCCAUCCUCCCCGUUUACCUGGGCAGCUGGAUCGAAGGCUUCGACUUGAAACGCGUGGACGAGUACCACCUGACUGGAAUCUCCUUGGACAUGUUCGUCCGGUGGGAGCACAGACCUCCGAGCUCCACCGAGGGGCGAGGGGACAACCGCAACGAUGCCAGAGGGGAAGGCCGACCCAAACCAGAGCAGAGGAAAACUGAUGACGGUCACUAUUCGGAGGGAUUGAGCCGCCUGACCCUGGAUCUGGGUAAAGGUGUGUUGUUGGGCCAGCUGUGGUUGGAGCUCCUGCGUUUCUACACACUGGAGUUUGCCCUGGAAGAGUUCAUCAUCAGCAUCCGCCUAAAGGAGCUCAUCACCCGGGAGGCGAAGAACUGGCCCCGACGCAGGCUCGCUAUCGAAGAUCCUUUUGCCUUGAAGAGGAACGUGGCGCGAAGCUUGAACAGCCAAAUGGUGUUCGAGUACAUCCAGGAGCGUUUCCGCAGCGCCUACAAAUACUUUGCCUGCCCUCAGAGGAAAGGCGCGGCGGGGCGUCAGAGAGGCAGGAAGGCCGGCAAGCAAGGCGCCAAGCUGGACGAAGCGAAGAAAGAGGCAGCGGCGGCAGCGAACGUGGAAGAGAGCGACGGGAAAGGUGAUAAAAGUCGGAGCGGGCUCAAGAGGUUGAAGGACGAGGAUGAGGAGGAGAGAGAGAGCGACGAUAACGACGAUGGUUCAGAUCCGUCCAGAGAGAAGGAUGAAGAGAUGUUAGACGCCAGCCUCAUGGAGCUGAACCUCAGUGAGGGGCGCAAACCCGCUGAGAGGAUCGCUUCUCUCUCCCCCAACGGCCUGCUGGACAGUGACAAAGAGGGGGAGGAUGAUGAUGAUGAUGAUGAAGAGGAAGAUGAAGAAGAAGAGGAGAACAGUGUUUUAGACAAAGAGGGGACAGUGGCAUCGGAGGAUCUGCACUAUGUGUUCGAUAGGAUGAUUUUCACCGGCGGGAAGCCGCCGACCGUCGUGUGCAGCAUCUGCAAGCGAGACGGUCACCUGAAGGACGAGUGUCCCGAAGACUUCAAGAAGAUCGAGCUGAAGCCUCUUCCCCCGAUGAACGAACGCUUCAGAGACAUUCUGGACGGACUCUGCAGGCUGUGCUACUAUGAAUUGUCACCGACGCACCCCGAGCAGCAGAAGCGGGAGCAGAUCCUCGUCAGCCUGGAGAGGUUCAUCAGGAAGGAGUACAACGAUAAAGCUCAGCUGUGCUUGUUCGGCUCCUCCAAGAACGGCUUCGGUUUCCGCGACAGUGACCUCGACAUCUGCAUGACUCUGGAGGGUCACGAGACAGCUGAGAAGCUGAACUGCAAGGAGAUCAUCGAAGGCCUCUCCAAAGUGCUAAAGAAGCACGCAGGUCUGAGGAACAUCUUGCCUAUCACAACAGCUAAAGUGCCUAUUGUGAAGUUUGAACACAGACAGAGCGGUUUAGAGGGAGACAUCAGCCUCUAUAACACCCUGGCUCAACAUAACACCAGAAUGCUGGCGGCGUACGCGGCCCUCGACCCUCGCGUGCAGUUCCUGGGAUACACGAUGAAGGUGUUUGCGAAGCGCUGCGACAUCGGAGACGCGUCCAGAGGGAGUCUCUCGUCUUACGCUUACAUCCUGAUGGUGCUUUACUUCCUGCAGCAGAGGCAGCCGCCGGUCAUUCCCGUCCUGCAGGAGAUCUUUGAUGGGAGCACUGUUCCCCAGCGGAUGGUAGACGGCUGGAACGCUUUCUUUUUCGAUGACCUGGAGGAUCUGCGCCGGCGUCUGUCCGAGCUGCAGCCCAACACGGAGUCGGUGGGCGAGCUUUGGUUGGGCCUCCUGCGCUUCUACACCGAGGAGUUUGACUUCAAAGAGCACGUCAUCAGCAUCCGCCAGAGGAAGCGACUCACCACCUUCGAGAAGCAGCAGUGGACCAGCAAAUGCAUCGCUAUAGAGGAUCCUUUUGAUUUGAAUCAUAACCUCGGUGCUGGAGUCUCCCGCAAAAUGACGAACUUCAUCAUGAAGGCUUUUAUUAACGGGAGGAAGUUGUUUGGCACUCCGUUCUACCCCGUCCCCAGCACCGAAGUGGAUUACUUCUUCGACUCGAAGGUUUUAACGGAUGGCGAGCUGGCGCCAAACGACAGGUGCUGCAGGAUCUGCGGGAAGAUCGGACAUUACAUGAAGGACUGUCCCAAGAGGCGCAGGAUGAAGAAGAAGGAGAACGACAAAGACGAGGACGUGAAAGACGAGGAGCGCGAGCCGAAGGACAGACGAUGUUUCCAGUGCGGAGACAUGGGUCACGUACGGAGGGACUGUCCAGAGUACCGCCAUCUAAAGCAGAGGGUCGCUGGGGCACCAGUUCACAUGGUACGCUCUAUGGUGAGCUCCCAGUCCAUCCCCAUUCCCCAGGCAGCUGGAGACCUUCCUGGCAGGACCAGACUACCCUCCGAAUGUUCGGACAGUAGGCAGACUCCUCCCUACUCUCCGCAGCCCACCAGCAUCCCUCAGAGUUCCUCCCAGUCCUCCAGCUCCCCCCAGCCCUCCCACAGCAAGACCAGUUCGGCCGUUCCCCCGAAGCAGCAGGUCCACCCGCAGGUGCCGCUGUCUCUCUUCAGCUUCCCGACGACCCACCCAGGCCAGUUCCACCCGGCCGCGCUCACCACACUGGGGCUCCUCCCCUCCCACCAGCACCAGUCGCAGGGUCAGCCUCACCACCCGGUCCACAUCCCCACCACCUCCUGGCCCAUCCACGGCCCGGUCCUCACCUCGUCCUCUCAGACCGCCCCCUCCCCGCCCGGCUUGAAGUUCGCGCUGCGCUCGGCGUCGGGGAACGGGAGUCCGACGGGUUCGGGGGGAAACCCGAACCCCUUGAACCUGAACGACCCCAGUAUCAUCUUCGCCCAGCCGGCGGGGAGACAGCUGGGCAUCGGAGGGCCGGGACGGGACGGACACUGGCACAACCACAUGGCACAGGCGGGGUCACUCAUGGGCAACGGCACUGUGGUGAAGUCAGGUAUUCACUGGGUGAACUGUGGUGGCACUUUAAUGUCUGUGAGCCUCUCUGUCUGGUUUCAUCUGCUUUAAAUUACAGAAGUAGACAAAUCAAAGCCUGAAAUCUGAUAAAUUGUCAUAAAAGAUUUUAAGAUUUUUAGACUAAGAAAAGGAUUUCCAGCCUUCUGUUGUG